GAGCACGGAGCAUCCCUGCCCUCUGUCUGCUCCACCGAGCCCUCAGCCAUGGCAGCCCUGGCGGCCCGAGUAGCCAGGCAGCGCGCGGCCGCCGAAGGCCUUGGCUCCAGCCAGAAGGCCGUGAAGUACUUGGGCCAGGACUUCGAGACCUUGAGGCGGCAGUGCUUGGACUCGGGGGUCCUGUUUAAGGACCCAGAGUUCCCAGCAUGCCCGUCAGCUUUGGGCUACAAGGAUCUCGGACCUUGCUCCCCCCAGACUCAAGGUGUUGUCUGGAAGCGGCCCACGGAAUUGUGCCCCAGCCCUCAGUUUAUCGUUGGAGGAGCCACGCGCACAGACAUCUGUCAGGGUGCCCUGGGUGACUGCUGGCUUCUGGCGGCCAUUGCCUCCCUCACCUUGAACCGAGAGCUGCUGCAUCGUGUGGUCCCCAGGGACCAGAGCUUCCAGGAGAACUACGCGGGAAUAUUUCAUUUUCAGUUCUGGCAAUAUGGAGAGUGGGUGGAGGUGGUCGUGGACGACAGGCUCCCCACCAAGGAUGGAAAGCUGCUCUUCCUGCAUUCCGAAGAAGGCAGUGAAUUCUGGAGCGCGCUGCUGGAGAAGGCCUAUGCCAAGCUCAACGGUUCUUAUGAGGCUCUCACUGGAGGGUCCACGGUGGAGGGGUUUGAGGAUUUCACAGGUGGCAUCUCUGAGUUUUAUAACCUGAAGAAGCCACCGGCCAAUCUGUUCCAGAUCAUCCGGAAGGCCCUCCGCUCGGGGUCUCUGCUGGCCUGCUCCAUUGACGUCUCCAGUGCCGCCGAAACGGAAGCCAUCACCAGCCAGAAGCUGGUUAAGGGUCACGCAUACUCUGUCACUGGAGUCGAAGAGGUGGAUUUCCAGGGCUGUCCAGAGAGGCUGAUCAGACUCCGGAACCCGUGGGGCGAAGUGGAGUGGAAGGGGGCCUGGAGCGACAAUGCACCGGAGUGGAAUUACAUAGACCCCAGGCAGAAAGAACAGCUGGACAAGAAAGCCGAGGAUGGAGAGUUUUGGAUGUCUUUUUCGGAUUUCUUGAGGCAGUUCUCUCGGCUGGAGAUCUGCAACCUGUCCCUGGACUCACUGAGUAGCGAGGAGGUGCACAAAUGGAACCUGGUGCUGUUCAAUGGGUGCUGGACUCGGGGCUCCACAGCUGGCGGCUGCCAGAACUACCCAGCCACUUACUGGACCAAUCCCCAGUUCAAAAUCCAUUUGGACAAGGUGGAUGAUCACCAGGAGGAGAGCGUCGGUGAACCCUGCUGCACGGUACUGCUGGGGCUGAUGCAGAAGAAUCGCCGGCGACAGAAGAGGAUGGGACAGGGCAUGCUCAGCAUCGGCUAUGCUGUCUACAAGAUACCCAAAGAGCUGGCGAGUCACACAGACGCGCACCUGGGCCGGGACUUCUUCCUGGGCCGCCCGCCCGCCGCCCGCUCCAGCACCUACGUCAACCUGCGCGAGGUGUCGGCGCGCGUGCGGCUGCCUCCCGGGGAGUACGUGGUGGUGCCGGCCACCUUUCAGCCCUUCCAGGACGGCGACUUCUGCCUGAGGGUGUUCUCGGAGAAGAAGGCCAAGGCCCUGGAAAUUGGGGAUGUGGUAGUUGGAAACCCACAUGAGCCACGACCCAGCGAGGUGGAGCAAGAAGACAGCCAGCUGAGGAGUCUGUUUGAGAAGUUUGCCGGGAAGGAUUCUGAGAUCAGGGCCAAUGAACUCAGGACAGCUCUGAAUGAAGUGUUUUCCAAACGAACAGACAUCAAAUUUGAUGGAUUUGACAUCAACACUUGCAGAGAGAUGAUCAGCCUGAUGGAUAGCAAUGGGACAGGCUCCCUGGAACUGGUGGAAUUCAAGACACUCUGGUUGAAGAUCCAGAAGUAUCUGGAGAUCUUUCGGGAGACGGAUCAUAACCACUCGGGGACUAUUGAUGCCCAUGAGAUGAGGACAGCCCUCAAGAAGGCAGGUUUCACCCUCAGUGACCAGGUCCAGCAGACCAUCGCCAUGCGGUAUGCAUGCAGCAAACUCACCAUGGACUUUGAUAGCUUCAUUGCUUGUAUGAUCCGCCUGGAGACCCUCUUCAAACUGUUCAGACUUCUGGACAAGGACCAGAAUGGCAUUGUCCAGCUCUCUGUGGCUGAGUGGCUGUGCUGUAUGUUGGUGUGACCCAGGGUUUUGGUCAUCAGUGACGCUCCCUGACAACCUGCCUGCGUCUUUUCUCCCCUUCUUUGCAGUUUUGUGAACUUUUAUCCUUAAGGGGGUAUUCAUUAAUUUUUCAUCUCUUCCUUGUUGUUUAUUGUUUCCUAAAAUCCUGGCUUCUCCCACUGGAGCAAUCAGGGAGUCUUGAGAUCUCUUUCAACAGCAUUUAAGCCAAUCCCAGGGCACAGUGGAGGGACAGAAAUUGAUUAAAGUUGUGGGCCAAAAGGGUUUGUGCCUUUCUCUAUUGAUACACAAUCUGGGGGUUGCUCUAGGGUGUUCCUGCUUUAGGAAAGAAGGUGUCCUUGAGAAAUGACCCAGCCCAAAGCUGCUGCAAGAUGAGAAAUGUGGGUGGAUUUCUUGGAGAAGAGGCCUGCUACAGAUUAAACUGCCUCCAGGGACCACCUGCAGGAGAGGAGUUGCUCCCCACCCUUCUGAGAUAGGUGCUGGGAUGAGCUGCAAGGGGAGGAGUUCUUUAUUCCUCACUUGCAGAUGGAGAAGUUGCUACACUCCAAGUCAGCAUUGCCCAAGGGAAAGCAAAGGGAGGGAAAAUUCUUGCUGGGGGGAAUUCUUACCUGAGGGGAGAUGAGGUUCAGGUUAGUUUUGCUCACAGUGGAACAGGAGUAUCUUUGUUAUUGGUAAGAAAAUAGAUGCCAUAGCCCAGCGUCCUGAUGGGCACUUGGGGACGGAGCUGACUCUCGCGCGCUGACUGUGGAAAUGAAGUAUAAAGGAAGAUGGAUGUCCUAGUCUAUUUGGGCUGCGCUAGCAAAUACCAGAGACCAGGUGGCUUAUAAAACACCGACAUUUAUUUUCUCACAGUUCUGGAGGCUAGAAGUCUGAGAUUGGUGCAGCACACUUAGGUUCUGGUGAGAUCUGCUUCUGGGCUACAGACUGUGGACUUCUCAUUGUGUCCUUACAUGGCAAGAGCAGAAGGGAGGCAGGCUCUCUCGUGACUCUUGUAAGGGCACUAAUCCUAAUCCCGUGGACAGAGGAGCCUGAUGGGCUAGUAGUCCAUGGGGUCACAAAGAGGCGGACACGACUGAAUGACU